GAGAGAGCGAGAGAGUGUUGAGUCGUGUCCCAUAUGUGGAAAAAAGAAUAGGACCCUGCACAUGAGCCUGUCUGCUCCGGGGAUUAUCUAACUGGUUUUGAAUCUGAUGAGGAAAUGCAGGCAUAAAAUGGAAUAGAUUUUUUAGAGUCCCAAUGUGAGUACGGGCCAGCGAUGGAAUACAGCCGUACAGACACUAACCUGGGUUUCCCUGCAUAACUGUUACCAUAAUUGAGACCAGGUCCGCAGAAUGCUGAGUCCCAUUGUCCCCUACAGCCUGUUGAAGAUGCACUGGAACCCGGAGCAUGCCGAGUCCCUGAGCCAGUGGCCUGAGCAGCAUUUGGAUGUAUCCUCCACCACUUCAUCCCCUGCCCAUAAGUCUGAGCUCUACCCUAGCCGCAGCCGUGGAUCCUACAGCUAUGCAUGGGCCAAUGAUGACAUCUCAGCGCUUACAGCCUCCAACCUGCUAAAGCGUUAUGCUGAGAAAUAUUCAGGCAUGCUGGACUCACCAUAUGAGCGCCCUGGCGUGGGCGCGUAUCCUGAGCCUGGGGCCUUUGGGGCUCUCAACGGAGGCCAGAAAAGUGAAUUGGAACCAUGGCCUCUCACGCACAGCACUGACGGGGCAUACCCCUUGGUACCUCCUUCCUCUCAUGAUAGUCUGACAGGGCCAAAGGUGGUACCCACAUCAGCAGGUCCACCAGGCUCGGGCAGUGUGUCAGUAGUAAACAGCAACCUUUCAGACUCAGGCUAUAGUGGGAGCAGCUCCUGCAGUGGCCCCCAUUCCAGUGACUACCCCCCCAGUUACAAUGGCACCUACAUCCCAUCAGGGUACUGUCCCCAACCCAGCUCAGCACUUCCACCAUCCUCGCUACAUGCCCUUCAGCCUAACCCCACACUUCUCCCCAGUUAUACACCUUCAGCCCCUGUGUACAACUACCCCCCUAGCACCUACCCACACCAAACUAGCCUUGCUCCUAGCUACUCACACCCAUCAGCCCCUUAUAUCUCCUCUGGCAUAGCCGCCCCCUCUCCAAUUCCCUCAAGACCCAUGGUGGUUGGAGGCAGCUAUGGCUAUCAGAACAGCAGUUUAGGGGGCUCAGAUCCUGGGGGCUCUCUGAAGAGGAAAGCAUUUGAGAUGACCCUGGAAGAGGAAGAUGGAGACAGCUCACGCUAUAGGAAAUAUAGCUACGGCCCAAUUAAAACUGAGGGAGAUUCUCCUUAUGGUGUCACUGAUAAAGCAGAGUGCCACGGAAAUAGCUUUGGAACAGCAAGCACGGAUCCUCAAGCUUUUAAGCCGAGCAAACCUUCAUCUCAAUCCAGUCUGGAAGGAGAUGAAGUGGUAAAGUACAGUGGAAUAAAGCCCUUGGUUUCACCACCAUAUGGAGCAGCAGGGGACUACAGCCCUCCAGCAGCCAUGACUGGGGAGAACAGAGGUGCAGAACAGGCCUUUGCACAGCAUCGUUCUCAGAAGCGCUCGGAUUCCUUGAAAAGUAUGGAGCCCCGUAUGCUGGAGCUAGUAAGCAGGGAGCUGCAGGAUUGCAGCCCAGCUCUACUUUGGACUGAACUUGCUGGUAAUUGUCACAUCAAAGCAGCACUGGAGGAGGACCUGCUGUGGCCUGUCUUACGGCCUAACCCUGCCGUCCGCCCACCAAGAACCGUCCUGUUGUUCGGCCCACAAGGAGGGGGUAAAACCACACUGGUGCGGUCCAUUGCAUCUCAACUGGGUGCCACAUUCUACAGGCUAAAUGGUGCUACAUUGGCUUCUAAAUUGCAGGGAGAGGCAGAGCAACUCUUGGUCACUCUGUUCUCAGUGGCCCGACAGCCUGCAGUGGUGUUGCUGAGUGAGGUGGAGUCCAUUAAGGAGGAGGGGCUUAGACAGCAACUGCAGGCCCAGUUAGAGAAGACCCAGCAUGGUCAGACCAGCCUGGUUCUGGUGGUAUGCACCACAAGACAGCCUGACUUGAUCAAAGAUUCCCUUCUGCGCUGCUUCUCCAAGCGCUACCACGUAGGCCUGCCAGAUGGGAGCACACGCAGACAGGUGCUUCUGCAGGCGCUGGCGCCCCAAGGCUGCAGUCUGAGCGAAAGGGAGAUUGCAGCUGUACUGCAACGUUCAGAAGGCUUCUCUAUCUGGGAGCUGCUGCAGCUCUGCCAGCAGGCCCUGGAAUCAGCUUCUGCCUCUGCACCCGUGCCCCUUCAUGGCCUCCCUGCCCCCCUGUCUUCCCCUGCCUUCCAAGACUUUGAAAAUGCUUUCUGUAAGGUAUGCCCACACAGCACCCCCAAAGAUCUGGACACUUGUAUGGAGUGGAGCAAAGUUUAAUGCCACUGAUUAAUUGGUCAGCCACUGGUUGGGGACUGCUUAAAGUUUUCAUUUUUUUUAACUACUUAUUGCAGCCAAAAGAGUUGGAUAUGUUAAGAAAUUACAGUUUAUGGUGGGGAGGCCUUUUUGAUUGAAUGCAUUUAAUCUAUGAAACAUGCCAUGGUGUGUUGUUUUUCUAUAUACUAUAUUUUUCCCCAAAGAAAUUAAAUAUUAGGCCUUUCUUAAAGGGCAUUUAUUAGUUGCUUGGCAUAUCUGACAAAAGGUCUGUAUUAUAUUUUGGAAUUUCACUAGAAUUACAAUUAGCCUUGAUCCUGGACUAAACCUGGAGGUUAUAGAUAACUUGAUUUUUUCCCUCUAAAAUAUCCCCAUGAAUUGCUACUCUCAGGAUCCUAUUUAUUGCCAGUCCACUCAAGUGGUGUUGUAUCUUUUUCAAGGAUUUACUUUAAAUAUUGUUUGGUGUUAAAGGGCUUAUUAAAACUUAAGAAAACCAAAUGCUCAUAUUAUAUUGCCCAAGUCACAGCAUUCACCAAAAUGUAUUUACUGUUAUGCAAACACUUAGGAAAGAAAGCAGCAUUAAUUGUUAGGCCGUGGUCAAAUAUUGUGCACUUUGUCAAAACACGGUCAUUUUAUCAAAAGAGUAUGCAGUGAUACUCAUAUAGUAUUAAAAUGCAAAUCCAUAAUAAGUCAGAUGAGAAAGAGACAGGCUAAUACUGUUGGCACACUUUUUUCAGAACAUAGUAUAAAACAUAUUUUGCACCAUAUUUUUACAUAUACAUCAAUAUGUGAACACCUCCUCACAAUCUCUGAUUUUCUGGCGCCUUUACUCAGGACCCUCUAACACAAAAACAAGCACUGGUCCACAAAUGACUGUUUUCUCUCUUCUGCUUUACUCAGUUUUAUUUUAUCUUAGUAAAUGUAGUCUUGUUUGAAAUACUCAGGAAGAAUUUCUUUACCUCAGAAAUAAUAAAUAAAGAAUGUAUGUAAUCUUAGCAGUAAGUAUUGGAGGUGAGCGACAGACCUGACACAGACCUGUAUACACACUGCAUCUGUGCUAUUAUCUCGUAGGUGAAACUUGAAAAUGCUAAAAAAGACAAACAAUGAAUGUAAGUUAGGUUUUUCAAAGAAUAUCUGAUGCCAUAAAUCCAUGUUUUUAACUCUCUAUGAAAACAUUUUACCUUAUCCUUACCCUUUAUUUUUUAUGUAGAUUUUGAUGGAGUGAUGAUUGUCUUCAUGAAGUGUUAUUGUAGAUGGCAGACCACAUUUUAUUUUGUUGGACAAACUGUUUGUAGAAACAUAUCCAAACCCACCUAGAGGUAAAAAGCAUAUUUCGAUAUGCACAGACUUUUGGAAUUCACCACAUGGACAUGUGCAACAUUGUAUGUUAUGAAAGUAUAAUUCCAUCUCCUUUAGAAAAGAACAAAAGUAUUCUAUGAUCAAAAGAUAAAUAACCCAAAGAUUAAGAAUCAUAAAGUUUUUAUGUAAUUGGCAGCUAAUCAUGUCUAAUCACAAAUUGUUGACACACUCAUCAUAUAGAGACAAUCCAGAUGGAGCAACCUUUACUAGUGUAUUUCACUGUGGAGUGAUCAAUGCCUUAAGGCUUUUGCAGUCCUAAAAUUUGUAACAUCUUCACCAUUUAAGAAGUUUUUUUUUUUUUUUUACAGUUUAUACAGUUUAUUUUCUAUAGAUUGGCUUAUUUUGGUCCCUAAUUUUGAUGAUACUUUGAUGUAACAGUCCCUGCUUGCCCCUUUCCCUCCAGCCCAGCCCUUGCUCUCAGCACAAUGGUUUGUCGUCUUGGUGAGAUUCCUUCCCCCGCUUCUCUAUCUGACCAUAGCCUUGUGGAGAAGCCAUAUUCUGAUUGAUGUCCAGUAACCCUAUAGCACUGUUCGGCUCUUCAAGUACAGCCGGUGGCUUCACUCAUGCCACUAAGGUCAAUCAUAAUGACCCAAGGUGCAUAUAUUGAUCUUUGGCAAAGAGGCAGAAAACUACAGAAACUUUCAGACUCAGGGACGUCCGGACCACACAAACACAUGUAACGUAGAUAUCAAAAUGUAGCAGCACUUCCUGCUCACCCAAACUGGGACAAGAUGGCAUAUCACUGGUUUUAUUAAAACUUCAAGGAAAAUACUGAUUCUCCCUAUUUUCAAACGCAAGCAAACAAUUAGUUUAACAGUUUGUCCAACAAAAUUGCCAUUAAUUAGCUGUUUUGAAUCUCUUAGUACAGUAAUUUUGUUCUUGGAUCUUGUUCUUGUACAUUUUCUGUAACCAUUUCUACCUCAUUUUUGCAGCAUAUUGUACAUGAAAAUAUUUAUUUCAUGUCUCUUUUGAUGUCUGUUUUAAAAAUGAUAAUGUUCUUGAACUGUAAUGGUCUACCUCAGAAAAGACUGUAUUUUAAGAAAAAAGUAUUACACAAUAUUAAAGAGAAUAUGUAAAAAAAAUCUCUCAUGACUCAGCUUCUCUUGCUAGUGUAUUGUCAAGGUGAAUUGCCUUCAAUCAUCACGCAUUCUCUGAAGAUCUCAGACUUAAGGUCAG